GAUCGUAGGAGAGGGGUGGAGCGGAGAAUGUAGCGUUGAGGAUUUUAAUAAGAAACAAUUUAAGAAUCGCGCUCUUGGCCGUGCGAAAAGCGCUUGGCCCCAUCGUUUAAAUGUCCCCAAUGAUACCGUCGAUUGAGUGUGUUAGGUCCCCGGUGUACCGCCGAUAAAGAUUGUGUUGUUUUCGUGCCGGCAGAGCUCACCAAUUCGAAACCCCCCAAAAAAAAAAAUUUCCACUUUUUCUUUCCCCCAGAAAAGUGACAAUUGUUCGUGGCCGUGGUUGGCGGAUGCAGCUGCAAAGCGGGCGGCAGCGAUUAAAGUGGUGCAAUCUGCAAUCCGGCGCAGGUCCUCUCUAUUUGUUUAUGUUGAUGAACGGUAUUUGUGAGCCCACCAAGUGCAGUUAGCAGUGAAAUUGCCACGGUUAUUAAGUGGUUGUGGUCGCUUGGUGUACGUGCAGAAAACCUAAAACAGACAUCCCCAGAAGAAGAGGAAGCACGAGGAAAAGGUUGAGAAGGAGGAGGAGGAGCAGCGACGUCUCAGUUGUUUUUGCUUGGCCGCGAGAGAGAGCGGGAGAGGAAGAGAACACGCGGCUCUUUUCAAAAAAAAAAAAAAAGGGCGGGAAGGCCCUUUCGAUUGGAGUGUUAGCAUAUUAACCCACUCCCGCCGAUAAUCCAUAACUCUGCCCGCCGGAGAUGUCAAGAGGGGGCGAGCACAAGCGCGUCACCCUCACCUCGAUCUUUCAGGGCGAUGCGGGCUUCUCGCGCUUUGGCAGCAACUUCCUGGAGCCGGAUGCUCCUCCGUCCGCCGGAUCCACCAACAGUUCCAAGCCCCCGACCAAGCCCGCCAAGUGCAUUCGCAUCAAGCUCGACCUGUUCGAGACCGAUUCGAACAAGUACCCCGAGUUUAACUACUCCCGGCUUUUGUACUUGGAGAAGAAAAAGGCCAAAAAGCUGAAGCAGGUCACCACUUGCAAUGGCGCAGAUCCCUUUGCCGACAACGAUGACGAUGUGGCGCGGAUCGUCAAGGAGCUGGAGGCCAAGUACGGCAACUCCUAUGCCACAGGCCGGGGCAAGAGCAAAAAGGACGACUACGUUGACAUUGGAAUGGGAUACGAUGAGUCUGACUCCUUCAUCGACAACACGGAUGCGUAUGACGAAAUCAUCCCGGAGGAGGCGGAAACCCUUGAGGGCGGCUUCUACAUCAACUGCGGCGCCCUAGAGUUCAAGAACCUCACCAAGAAGUCCUACACCACGCGAACAGAUGCCAUCAUCAAAAUGCCGGAGCGAUCGCGCAAGCGCAUGAUCUCUUCCAGCUCGGAAAGCUCAUCUUCAUCGUCCGACGAUGACGAUGAUAACGAUGCUAACAAUGGAGAGGAGGAUAGCGAUUCCGAGGACGACUCUGACGAGGAGGACGAAAGCGAUUCCGAGGACGACUCCGAGAGUGAAAGUCUCGAGGACGAGGACUCUGCUGCCACGGCGAAAUCCAGCAGCAAGUACAAAGUCAAUCCAUUGGCCAAGAGGCCAAAGGUCAUCGUUACGGGCAAGUCCAAACCCAGCUCCGGUUCAACGGCGGGCGGCAAGAAGCCACCGGUUAAGCCGAUCACCACCUCCUCAUCUUCAAAUUCGCCGCGACCCAGUACGGUGGAGAUAUCGGAUACUGAAGAAGGUCAGAUUCAGCCAUCAAGUCAGCUUCAAGCCCUGCCUCAGACUCAGAGUCAGGCCCAGGCGCAAGCCUUGAAGAAGGUGGUCAAGACGACAACGGUCAAGGACAUGUUGAAGGCCAAGCGGGACAACUUCCUCAAGUCGCAGAGCGGCACGGCAGCUGUCAAGGGCGUCGUCAACGGCGAACUAAAGUGCAUUUCCACGGACGUGUCCAGCAGCGACAGCAGCGACAUAGAGUCUGCCACGGACCAAGGACGGGCAGACAGACAGGCCGGACAACCAGGCAAGGAAGGACAGGAAAAUCUUCGUACCGCCGACACUGUGUUGCCCAUCUCUUUGGAUGCGGACAUUUUGACCGCAGUCAACAGCUUCAAAGAAGCGGUUAGGAGUCGAGAUUUGUGCGGCAAGAAGUUUAACCUGGAUGACAAGCUCACGCCUCUACUGCUCAGAGUGUACGAGGCGGUACUGUGCACGGAUAGGAACGAGCGCAACAUGGUCUUCUCCCACAUCGAGUACCAGCUGCAGCUCCCCAAGUACUACAUGUUGCGCAAAGGAAAACAAGUGCGUGCCAAGGAGGAGAAGAAGAAGUCCACCAAUAUGCUGGAGAAGCUGCGACGGGCCGUAGCUGUGGUCAUGCCCAAGGCCAUAGCCAGCUAUGAAACGGAACUGCGCACCUUCGCUGAACAGGCAGCGGCGGACGUGAACUCGGAGCUGCCGCCCAAGAUGCCACGCAAGAAGUUCCAGUGGACCAGCGAGUUGCGCCAUCUGCUGUACGAUGUCUAUCAGGCUCGCUGGACGUCCUACGCCUUUCUGGCUAAGCGCAAGGAUUCGCUGGAGGAGUUCAUAAGUUUGUAUCUCAAGGAAAAGGUGGUGGACCUGUGGCCAACCGGCUGGAUGCGCUUGGAUGAGUUGAACCGGGAAAUAUCCCGAUACAAGAACGCCAAGUUGAAAGCAAAGGAGAAGCCGAAGGCACCGCCGGCAUCCGCAUCACCGAAACCCGUUGCUCCCGCUUCUACCCCUGAGCAAAUGCCGCAGGCAAUCAGCUACCUGAAGCCAGUGGAGGAGCCCCGAUCUAGAGGAAACUCCGACACGGACUCGGCAACAAGUGCCUCCUCCAACAGCCUAAAGCGAAAGCUGAAGGAGAUGCCCAGGCAGACCAGCAAGCCGCCGAAGAAGAAGGUUGCCAAGCAGUUAUCCCAGCAACCGCAACUUCAGCCGCAUCCACAAUUCCAGCUGGCUCCGGCUGCCACGGCGGCGGUCAGUGUGCCAGCCAAUAGCAAUAACAACAACCACCUGCCCCACCUGGACACGCUGCUCUCCAUGCCGAGCACCUCGGCCCAGGCAGCGACCCUAAAUGCUGCUGCUGCUGCUGCCGCCAGUACGGUUCUGGAUCUGGCCUCCCCCAGCCGGAAAAUUGACCUUAACAACAGCAGCAACUUUUACAAUCUGCUUACGGCCGCCACCCUGGCAGCCAGUGGGAAUCCCAGUCCGCAUUCCAGCGACAGCCAGGCCAAGGUAAUUGUCGGAGCGCGGCCCUCACCGCAUGUGAUCAAUCUGGAUGACUACCAAUGUACCAGCGAAAUACUGCAGACGUCCAAGCAGCUGGCUGCCACCACCACCGUCAUCACAUCCACCUCCAAGGCGGCCCAAACCAGACCCGUGGGCAGGGAGAGCAGCAGUGAGUCGGAUGGUGUGGAGAUCGUGGGAUUUUUUCCCGCCUCGAAGCUGCAAAAGAAAACCCUGCCAAAACCCAAGAACAAGACUCAGAACCGAGGGAGAUCGUCCUUUGGAGCCGUGGGGCACGUUAAUGGAUCCCUGGGCUACAGCGCGAAUAACAUGUACAUCUACAACAGCCCCCCAACCCUGGGUCCAGUGUACGAUCUCACCGAUCCAGAUAUAAUGAAGACCAUGUCAAAUCUGAAGGAUAUGCAGUUACUUCAAGCGGCCUUCUCUCCGAAAAGCGUCAAGGGCGCAAGCGGAGGCAUGGGAUCCUCUGCACCGAGUACGCCCUCGCGCCAAUGACAAUCGGGUCCGGUCGCACAGCAGCCCAUUCCGGCUGCAGUGACGGCCUUUUACAAUCAGGAGGCGAUGGCCGCCGCCAUCGUGCUCUCCACGAUGAGCCACGCCUCGCCGCGCUACGACCUGCUGGCCAACGGAUCCAUGUCCGUGUCAGCCGCUCAGGUGGGAGCCUCUGCCAACUCACUGCCACAAGUAUUUGUUAAGCCCAGCAUGCCACAACCGAGCGCUGCCGGCGAUGUGGUGACCACGACUGGGGCUGCUCACCCGCCCACGCAACAACUGCCCACAAAGUUCAUGUAGCUAGGGUCACUCAGCUCGUUCCCUUGCGAUUCUAAUCUAAGAUUUUAGGGCUGGUUCUAGGUAGGUUUCAUUCGCAGCUGUGUCUGCCUUCCAAUCAUUUGCACCAGUUGUAUUAUUGUUUUCUCAUUGAGUCGUUUACCUACUAAGUCAGUGUACUUUGCAAACAUUAAUAAAGCAAAUUUAUAUAUAUAUAUUUA